CAAUAAGUGCCAGUUUUGCACCAGCUCAGGGCAGGGAGGAGUGAUUGGUUUGGGGUCAUCUCUGAGCUGUGACUCAGCGCCUGGGCACUGAAAUCAGGCGCCUUUUAUGCAGAAAUCACCAUCAAUUUCUGUGCUCAUUUGCAUUGAGGACCCUCAAAUCCGACUGGAAUGAUUAUUUUCCCCCUCAAACUCUCAGUGAAUUCCCAGUGACUCACCCUGUGGAUUCACAUCUCUCCCAGCUCCCAGGGGCAGAUCCCACCUGAGGCAGCUGCAGAGGGAUUUGGCUCCGGAGGGAAGAGCAGCCGGGCUGUGAGCAGGGGCUGAGGAGCAGAGGGAGCUCAGACCCCUCUCGCUCCCGGCAGCGAACCCAGCCUGGCCAUGGAAGGGAUCUGGGAAUUCUGCAGCAGGCUCAGGAUCACCGGCAGCUGAAGAGGAGAGAGGAGAGAGGAGAGGGAGGAAGAUUUGCAGCAAAGCCUCCCCAGCCCCGGAGGUGAGUUCUGGCUCCCGGGAGCAGCAGAGGAGGGAACUGGCUGGGAGGGAGGAGGGAAAAUCCAAACUCCAAAAAUCCAAAAAUCCCGUCGGCAGAGACCUGGAAAGGGCUGAGAGCUUCCAGCUCUUUUCCUGUGCUGGCAGCAGGACCGGAUUGCAGCUGGGGCUUCAAGGAGGAGAAAAGGGAAAAUGGGCUCUGGAUGCUGAUGGAGCCUUGAGCAGCUGCGAAAGCUCGGCAGGACGGGAUAAACUGGGAACCAUGGAUGGGUCUCACCCCUCGGCAGGAGGAGCUGGGCAGGACGUGCUCAGUGCCACCAGCUGGGCAGGACAAAGCCUCUCCCAGCUGUCCCUGCGGGUGGUGACAGCCGCCUGCCUGUCCCUCCUCAUCCUCUUCACACUGCUGGGGAAUGCCCUGGUGUGCCUGGCCGUGCUCAGGUUCCCACACCUGCGCUCCAAGGUCACCAACCUCUUCGUGCUGUCCCUGGCUGUGUCCGACCUGCUGGUGGCCGUGCUGGUGAUGCCCUGGAGAGCUGCCAGCGACGUGCUGGGCUUCUGGCCCUUCGGGGCUUUCUGUGACCUCUGGGUGGCUUUUGACAUCAUGUGCUGCACGGCCUCCAUCCUCCACCUGUGCCUCAUCAGCCUCGAGCGCUACUGGGCCAUCGCCGACCCCUUCUGCUACCAGAGGAGGGUGACACAGCGCCUGGCCUUCGUCACCAUCGCGGUGGCUUGGCUGCUGUCCCUCCUCAUCUCCUUCAUCCCCGUGCAGCUGCAGUGGCACAAGGAGCCGGAGCUGCCUGGCCGAGAGCGGCUGGGCUUUAACGGCUCUGCGCAGGAGGGGAGCUGUGAUUCCAGCCUCAGCAGGACCUACGCCAUCUCCUCGUCCCUCAUCAGCUUCUACAUCCCUGUUGCCGUCAUGCUGGGCACCUACGGGCGCCUCUUCCGCGUGGCCCGGCGCCAGCUCCGCAGGAUCUCCUCCCUGGAGAGGCCGGCGGGGCACGCCCGGAGCUGCCCGGGCAGCCCCGACCGCCCUCGGGAAACCUCCCUGAAAAACUCCCUCAAGAAGGAGACCAAGGUGCUGCAGACCCUCUCCAUCAUCGUGGGCGUCUUCGUGUGCUGCUGGCUGCCCUUCUUCGUGCUCAACUGCCUGGAGCCCUUCUGCCACCCCGAGCCGUGCGUCAGCCGGGCCGUGCUCAGCACCUUCACCUGGCUGGGCUGGGCCAACUCUGCCCUCAACCCCAUCAUCUACGCCCUCAACGCCGAAUUCCGCGGGGCGUUCGCCUCCCUGCUGGGCUGGGGCUGCCCGUGCCGCGGCAGCGCCGUGCAGACCGUGACCUUCAGCAAGGAGCUGGCGUCCUUCCACCCCGACAGCUCCGAGCACGGCGCUCUGCAGAGCCUCAGCCCGCCCCAGCUGCUGCCCCACGCCGUGCUGCAGGUGGAGAACCCUGAGGUGGCCUUGGAGAGGGUUUCUCUGGGCUCCUGCCCACCUCAGCACACCCUUCCUGAGUGUGGAAGCCCCAUCUAUCUGGGGAGGAUUCCCCUGCUCGCCAGCAGCGCCUUCCAUUGAGCCAGGCUGGGAAAGGAGCAGUGGGAAGGUCUCCAGCAGAGAGGGGAGCUGGGACGUUCCUGCCACGCCUGAGGAGCUGAGGGUGAUGAGGGUGUUCCACCCUGGUUGAAUCCCAGAGUGGAUUCCCAGGUGUCUCCAGCCCUGUUUCUGCAGCUGAAUUUUGGGCCCAGCCCAGGUGGGCAGCUGGGAUUUGUGUUGCUGCUUUCUCCAGUUCACCCAUGGUUAAAAAACCUCACG